AGGUGCAGUAUCAUGGUUAUGAAAGCUUCGGUAGAAGAUGAUGAUUCAGGAUGGGAACUCGGUAUGCCUGACAAGAUGGAAAAGAGUAACACAAGCUGGAUAGAUAUAACCCAGGAUUUUGAAGAAGCUUGUAGAGAACUGAAGUUAGGAGAACUGCUUCAUGACAAGCUUUUUGGUCUUUUUGAAGCCAUGUCUGCCAUUGAAAUGAUGGAUCCCAAGAUGGAUGCUGGUAUGAUUGGAAAUCAAGUUAAUAGAAAGGUUCUUAACUUUGAGCAAGCAAUUAAGGAUGGCACCAUUAAAAUAAAGGAUCUCACUUCACCUGAGCUGGUAGGAAUAAUGGAUACGUGUUUUUGUUGUUUGAUAACAUGGUUAGAGGGACAUUCCUUGGCACAGACGGUAUUCACUUGCCUUUAUAUUCACAAUCCAGACUUCAUAGAAGAUCCUGCUAUGAAGGCUUUUGCUCUAGGGAUCCUAAAAAUCUGUGAUAUUGCCAGAGAAAAGGUUAACAAAGCAGCUGUUUUUGAGGAGGAAGAUUUUCAGUCAAUGACUUACGGAUUUAAAAUGGCCAACAGUGUGACAGAUCUUAGAGUUACAGGUAUGCUAAAAGAUGUAGAAGAUGACAUGCAAAGACGAGUGAAGAGCACUCGAAGUCGACAAGGAGAAGAGAGAGAUCCAGAAGUUGAACUUGAACAUCAACAGUGUUUAGCUGUGUUCAGCAGAGUCAAGUUUACCCGGGUACUACUGACUGUUCUGAUAGCAUUUACCAAAAAAGAGACAAGUGCAGUUGCAGAAGCUCAGAAGCUAAUGACUCAGGCAGCUGACUUGCUUUCUGCUAUCCACAAUUCAUUGCAUCAUGGUAUCCAGGCACAGAAUGAUACCACUAAAGGAGAUCAUCCUAUUAUGAUGGGCUUUGAGCCCCUUGUUAAUCAGAGAUUGCUGCCACCAACUUUCCCUCGAUAUGCAAAAAUAAUUAAAAGGGAAGAAAUGGUCAAUUAUUUUUCCAAACUAAUAGACCGAAUAAAAACUGUAUGUGAAGUAGUCAACUUAACUAACUUGCACUGUAUACUGGAUUUUUUCUGUGAGUUUAGUGAGCAAUCACCAUGUGUUCUUUCAAGGUCCCUGUUACAGACAACUUUUCUGGUAGAUAACAAGAAGGUGUUUGGCACUCACCUCAUGCAAGACAUGGUAAAAGAUGCUUUAAGGUCUUUUGUCAGUCCUCCAGUACUUUCUCCAAAGUGUUGUCUUUAUAAUAAUCACCAGGCGAAGGACUACAUUGAUUCCUUUGUGACACAUUGUGUUCGGCCAUUCUGUAGUCUGAUUCAGAUCCAUGGACACAAUAGAGCUCGUCAGAGAGAUAAGCUGGGUCACAUUCUUGAGGAAUUUGCCACCCUCCAGGAUGAG